AUGGACUUUUUCAUGCCUCAACUUAACGGAUCACUGAACAUAUCGGCUUCAGAAUUUCCAGAAAAUGACGAUAUAGAAAAUGGGAAAGUUGACAAAAGUGACGAGGCUGUAGAGUUGCAGUUUGACGACUUGAUGGUUGAAGGUGGUGGUCAACCAUACGAAGAACAUGGGAAGGAUAGGGUUGUCGAUGGUGCUUCAGAGUCCGUAACUACAGUGCUCUCUCACCUUGAUCUUGUGGAUCCCGUCUUGGAUGAGAAGACCCACACUAAUAUAGCUUCAAAGGCGCCCAGUGAAGCUCGAAUCCCAUCGGUACCCAAUAAACCAAUCGAUCGCACUCCCCUCUUAAAUGCAUACGAAGAAAAAGUGAAGUCGGGAAAGGAAAAGGACACUAUAAACUUACUAGUCGUCGGUCACGUGGAUGCGGGCAAGAGCACUCUUAUGGGUAAUGUUUUGUAUCAACUGGGACAAGUAAGUGAGAAGCAAAUAGCCAAAUACCAGUGGGAAGCUCAGAAGAUCGGCAAGGCCUCGUUCGCCUACGCGUGGGUGCUCGAUCAAACCACCGAGGAGCGCAACCGUGGCAUCACCAUGGACAUCGCCCAGACGGCUUUCGAAACUCCCACAAAACGACUCUUCAAGGUCAUCUGCCGGUAUCAGGUGACCGAAGUGCAGGCCUUUUUUUGUAUGCAUCGCUACAUUCGCGUUGAGGUUCCAUGUGACUAG